AUGGCAUCUAGCAAGUGGUUCAUCUUGGCUUUCUUUGUUGUUUUCAACAUAUUAUCCAGCAUUAACCUCAGCUUAGCAGCUCGCAAUCUUUUACAAACCACUACACCUUCUAUACCAACAGUGCCAGUGGUGCCUACUUUGCCUAAACCAACACCAUUGCCACCUUUGCCUACACUGCCAGUGCCCCCCACUCAGCCAUCACUGCCCAAUCCUGCACAGCGGCCUCCACUUCCCAACUUGCCCACCAUCCCAUCAAUCCCACAGUUUAACUUGCCUCCACUUCCAAACAUUCCCUCACUCCCAACUAUUCCAACUACAAUUCCUUCCAUCCCAUUCUUCUCACCACCACCAUCUACUACCACUACUAGCCCUUGA